CCAUGGAGACCAGCUUGGAAGCUUAGGGGAGCUGCUGUGGCCCAGGGCUCAGUGGGGAGGAAUAGGAGGCCAGGAGUCUUGGACUAGCUGCAGGGUUUGAACUAGGCUGAAGCAGCAGAACCACAGAGGUGGCUGAGCAGGGGUGUGACCCUGGGGCCACCUAGCCCCACUCACACACCCACUUCUCCCUCCAGAGCCCUGCCCUGAAGCAGGUCUCUGCUCCAGGCCUUUCCUUAGUUGGGGAAUCGGGAGUUGGGGGAUCAAAACAUCUCCCUCCCCCGCUGCAGCUAUGUUUAUCAAGGUGAUGUUUGGGGCCGGCUGCUCCGUGCUGGUGAACACCUCUUGCAGGCUGGUGAACCUCACCGCCCACCUGAGGCAGAAAGCAGGGUUGCCCCCAGAUGCCUCUCUCCAUGUCCUCCCAGCGACCAUUGCUCUCCUGGCUGAGGACGGCAACCUAGUGAGCCUGGAGGAGGACCUGAAGGAAGGGGCUGCACGAACCCAAACCAUGGGCAACUCCCUGCUGAAGGAGCGAGCCAUAUAUGUCCUCGUUCGGACCAUCAGUAAGAGGGAGAGGACAUGGUCCCUACCCGCUAUGAGUCCCUGCUGGAGAACCUGGAUGACCAUUACCCAGAGCUGGCAGGUGAGUGUCAGGGUACAGCCCAGGGGGAGGGCACACCUUCUCCCUAGCCCCUACCAGCAGGACUUCCCGGGCCUUUCAGAGGAACUACGCAGGCUGUCAGGCCUCUCCUCUGCGGGCCACAACUGGAGGAAGCGCAUGGGCACCCGGCGUGGCUGUCAUGAGCAAAGCCCCACUUCAAGGCCCAGAAAGGUGAGCUCCCUGCCACCCAGGAGUUGCUAGCUGGGACCAGGAGCCAGGUACAGAGGAGAUAUGGACACCCAGGUAGACACCCAGAGUAGGACCCCUUCCUGUGGGAGGGACACAUACGAUGAGAGGCAGACCCUCAACAGCAACUCCACGCACCUAUACCCCCAGACGGAACACACUGUACCCUGAGACAGGUCCCCACCACCCCACUGGAAUGCCAGCUCACUAAGGGCUGGAAUGUCCUCAGGCUUCACAGAUGUGGCAUAGGGGCUGGCACACAGUAGGAGCUCAGUGCACAACUGCUGGACGAACUCAACGAAGGCGGCAGCAUGGUGUGUGAUGGCACGGCCCACACUGGGUUCAAAGGGCUUGUUCUUUCAUUCUGGCAGGCCCGGGGACCUGGCACACUACUGCCAACUAGCCAAGUUGGACUCAGACCCAAGGGGGUUAGCCAUGACCUCUGCCUUGUGUGAUCAGGUGCAAACAGACAGCAACCCAGCACGACUUCUCUUGCAGAAUCUGGAAUUGCUGAGAAGUUGCAUCAGCAAGAGGGGCAAGGUCAGACAGAAUUUAACGCUGCUGGGGCCACCUAAGCUGUGGGUGCAGAGAUGGGAUGUGGAGGCAGAGACAAGAAGGGUAGAGGUGGCAGGUAUCCCUGAGAAAGGGGAGAAGCAUGAGUUCAUCCCGGAAUUCCACCCUCAGAGUCAGAUGCCCUUGGGAUCACCUACUAAUGCCUCUCUACCACACUCUGGACUGCCCAAGGUAUCUGUCCUGUGCUACCCACAGUGCAGAUUGCAAAGGGCUCCUCCUCCCCACCCAGGGUCCUGAUUAAGGUGAUGGAUUGCACACUGUAGUGAGACAUCCAUCCUGACCCCACCUCAUCAGCCAGGGAGCUCCCUGAAGACAGGCCAUCGAGAGAGGCACACAACAGGCUGUGGUGUAAAAUAAACUUUUAAUUGCA